AUGGCUUUGUUACCAUCAUUCAAUAAACUAGGCAAUGUAUUACUUGAGCCACGACUCAGUCAUGUUUCAUUGGUGCUAGUCCGUUAUAAACAACGUGGUAUGAUUAAUGAUGCAUUAGUUGAACAUCAUCGAAAUGCACCACUGGGAAAAAUAAAGAAAGGCGCUGCUGUUGGUGUAUUUCCACCUAAAAGUGAGGUGAACAUGAUCGAUACACCACACGAUUUCAAUUAUGUUUAUCCUGAAUUUUUACCAAAUCCUAUACCAUAUUUACGUGAUCGAGUAUUAGAAAAGCUUGAACGAUUAGAUAUUUUUCGUCGUCGUCAACAAAUCGAUAUACCGGAAUUUUAUGUUGGAAGUGUUUUAGCUGUUACAUCAGCGGAUCCGUAUGCUCCCAAUAGACGAAAUCGUUUUGUUGGCAUAUGUAUUAAACGAGAACGACAUGGACUUAAACAUCGAUUUACACUGAGAAAUAUUAUAGAUGGUUUAGGCGUUGAAAUUAUUUAUGAAUUGUACAAUCCAACAAUAACUAGAAUUGAAGUAUUAAAAUUAGAACGUCGUCUUGAUGAUGAUUUAACCUAUCUUCGUGAUGCUGAUCCCGAACAUUGUACAUUUCCGUUUGAUAUGGAACCUGUUAAAUUACCUCCAGGCAGUGGUGUUCCGUUAAACACAAUCCAAGUUCCAAUAACCGCUAAAUAUUGGCAAUAUAAAUGGGAACGUCAUGAUUUAAAAGGUGUUCUCUUACCAGAAUUGCCACGUUCAAUUAGAAAAGCAGCUGAAAAAUCUGGUGAACCAUGGAAAUUAUGGGACAUAAUGGCUCAUUAUCGUAAGGAAAUUCAUGAUGAUGAUCGAGCAGAAAUAUACCAGGAUAUUCUACAACAUAAACAAGAUUUGGCCAAAUAUCGUACGGAUAGUAAAGAAAGUGUUAAACUCACAAGAACAAGACCAAAACUAGCCUCAAGACUAAAGACAGCUUCAAAUGAAAGUGAUAAUGAACAAGAAUCAAACACUUUAUCGAAACGAAGACCAUCAGCAUCAGUUCAUGUUCCUCAAAUGAUUAAAAUUAAAUUCACCUCCAUGGAUAGUAAAAUUAAUUCAGUCUCCAGUGAUGAUAAUCAUAAUAGAAAUACAGAUGAUAAUGUAGAACGAUGGAGUAAAAUAAUAAAAUUGAAUCGUAUAUUAAAUGAUGAUCAUCAAUCAAAAUUUAUAGCAAUUGAAGCUGAAAUGAAUGAUGAAAAUAGCGACGAAACAGAGAAAAAAAAUUUAGCUGUUUUAUUAAUGGAAAAGACGCCAUUUGAUUUAAACGAAGUUUCUCAUUUAUUUAAAUCAAAUGAAAAAUUUACAAAAGAUUUUAUUAAUGAUAUUUAUCAUAAAUAUACUAUGACAGCUCGUUCAACGUGUAAUGACGUAAAAUUAAAUUUUAUUUAUCCUGCAACCGAUUUACACAUAAAAAAAUAUUUAAAAAAAAGUUUUCGAUUAGUCAGUGAAACGAAUGAAAAAUAUGAUAAAAUUGUCAAACCCUAUAUUGAAAAAAAUCAAUUAAAUGUACAAUGGGUGUAUAAUAUAUUAGAUGGAAAAUCGGAAAAUGAUCGAAUAUUAUUAGAUGAUAAAGCAUUUGUCGUUUUACCAGAUAUCAUGUGGGAUAAUAAAUCAAAAGAAUCUCUCCAUGUUUUAUCAAUUGUUAAAGAACGAAAUAUUAAAAGUCUACGAGAUUUAACACCAGAACAUAUAGAACUAUUAGAAGAUGUCAUCGAAAAAACUACAAAUUUAAUAUCAUCAAAGUUUGAUUUACCAUCAUCAAGUAUUCGUGUAUUUUUCCACUAUCCACCUUCAUUUUACCAUUUACACGUUCAUUUUACGAGUUUAGAAAAUAAGACUUGUGGUUCAGAAGUUGAACGUGCACGACUUGUCAGAGAUGUUAUCGACAAUUUAAAAAUGAUGCCUGAUUAUUAUAAGAAGAAAACAUUAUAUUAUAAACUUUCUUUAAAUGAUAAUCUAUAUGAAUUGUUACAGAAUGAUCAAUAA